AAAAUGAUUGCAGUGUUGUUGGUGUGCAUCGUGGUGAUGGCUGCAUUGCAGGUUUCGAGUGCCACUGAAAGCGUGAAGGAGGCCAAAUAUGAGGCUAAAUUUGAAGCCAAGUAUAGGUUAUGCUACGAAAAGUGCGAGAAGGAAUGCCUUGAGAAGGGCAAUGGCCAAAGCUUCUGUGAAGUUAAGUGCGAUGAAGAUUGUGGUGAGAAAGAAGCCGCUGAUAAGCUACACAUCAAGGUGAAGAACUAAAUAAUGGAAUGCAAAAGAAAGAGGUCCCUUCAGAAGGAUCUCUAAGUAAUAAUUGU